AUGGGGAUGCUUGAUUUUGAUGAUUGUGAUUUUGCUUAUGAUGAGAUGCAUGCACAGUUGAAGAGAAAACGAUUUGAUCUCACAAGUCCGGAUCAUAAAACUUCUUUUUUUGGUGGUAUAGAGACAACUAUGAAAGACAAUGCAUCGAUGGAGUAUGACGAUGAUUACGAGUGCUUUUUGAAGGUUUUAUUAGAGGACAGUGAACCAGGACAUUCUGGGAGGGAAGGGGAAGAUGAUGAUGAUGGUGAUGAUGAUGAUGAUGAUGAUGAUAAAGACCCUCAAUAUAAGAUGUUUAUGGAGAGAGUAAAGGAACAUGGGAAGUCGUAUAUCCUUGAAGUCGCUGUACAGAAUGGGGUGGCUGUGUUUAUAAAGUAUGAAGCGGAAGAAGGGUCAGAUGACAUCUGUGGCCCACAGGCUCGGAAAACAUUGAGUAACAUUGUGAAGGAGAAGAUAGAAGCAGCUAAAAACUCAAAUACUGUCCACAAGAUGUAUCAAGUUGAAAGUCCAAGAAUCUUGAGGAGUUGUAUGAGAAAAGAAAAGAGGAAUGCAGAGAAGAUAGAAGCAGCUAAAACCUCAAAUACUGUCCACAAGAUGUAUCAAGUUGAAAGCCCAAGAAUCUUGAGGAGUUGUAUGAGAAAAGAAAAGAGGAAUGCAGUUUUUGAGAAGGAUUUAAGUUCCAAAUCUGAACCCUACCACAAGUCUGAUAUGGUAAGUUCAAUGGAGGACUCUUAUGAAUUGUUCCUGAGUAGUGUGAAGACCAAAGGUGACCAUCUAGUUCUUCAGUUUAAGAACUGUGAGCCGGUUACAUACGAAAAGGAUGAUGUCGAAAAUUCUUCUGAUUCGCGGAUUCUGAAGAUGGACAAUUCUCUAUUUUGCGAAGACGGAAACGAUACCCCCUUUGGAACUUCAAGAGGAUUUGAUGCAUCUAUGCUUGAAGAUGACUGCAAGUUCCUUGGGAACCACUGUAGAAAUGACCAUUCUCAGUUUAGAGACAAGCUCAUGGACAUUCUUAGAAAGCCCUAUGACAAGCAUGAGUUUGAUGAGCUUUGGCGAGAUUUAAGGGCUAGACUGCCGAUGGAACGCUCAAGGGUCUUACGUGGGAGGACAACAUCAUACUCAGCAGAUAAAUGCGGCAAAUCUUAUCUCGAUCACCACAGUGAUCUCAAAAAGAAGAUUAAGGCAUUCCAACAUGAUCGCUCUAAAUUGUUGAACAUCUUUCGAGGAUUUUUCUAUUGGUUGACGGCAUUUGGAUGUGCCAGCAUAAUACAAAAUAUGCUUAACCGAAAGGACAUGGUCAGUUGUAUAACUAUAACUUUUGCAUUCAAAGUUUGA